AUGGGAUAUUUUACCUCAAAGUCGGCUAGAAGCAUCUGCUCUCUAAAGCACAUCUCAAUUACUGCUGCAAUUAUUUCUUCAGCGGGUUAUGCAACAUACCAGCUACGUGAACAGAAUGCCAUUCAACUAGAUCAACCCAAUACGGUUUACCCAUAUCCUUCAAAGGUUCGCUUGCCGCCAAAGGAUAGUGAAAGCAUUAACAAGCAGUUGCGAGAAUUCCAAAAGACUGUUUAUGUGAAUCGAGAUGGCAUCGCCAGAUACGACUUUAAUCAAGUGCCAAGUAAUGAUCCUUGUGAGGAUGAUCAUGUAGAGUCGGUUUCAAAGGAGAUCGAUGAUGGGAAUUGGUACUUUUGGGGUGUUUUUGAUGGUCACUCUGGCUGGAAUACUUCUAUGUACUUGCGUCAACAUUUAGUUCCAGCCGUAGUUGAUGAGCUAAGGGAAACAGCAUUGAAAGUGAGGGAAAGUAAGGCGUGUCCUUCACCAUUAAGUUACGAGCGAUCUUUGUGCGACGCAUUCCAGAAGUUGGAUCAUCGCAUCGUACAUGAGCAUGUUUCAAGUGUAUUUAAAAACCCCAAAUCAUUACAGAAUGCAGCUAGCUUACUGUUACCAGCUAUUUCUGGAUCUUGCGCCCUUCUGACUGCAUAUUCUGCAAAGUCAAAAACUCUUCAAGUUGCCUGCACCGGUGACUCGCGAGCUGUAUUGGGAGAACGAACUUCCGGUGGAAUUUGGAACGCUGUUCCUUUAAGUCGUGACCAAACAGGCGCGAAUCCAGAUGAAGCUGCUCGUUUGGAAGUUGAACAUCCCGGCGAAAUUGUUUUACGCAACAACCGUAUACUUGGGCGAUUAAUGCCUUCUCGAGCCUUUGGUGAUGCAAGAUUUAAAUGGUCCCGACAAGUAAGUGAACGUUUGCAUAAAGAGUACUUUUCCGCUGUCCCUAUUCCUGUAAAAUCGCCGCCGUACGUAACAGCUGUUCCUGAAGUGGAAACAAUAAAGGUCGAUUCUAAAAAACAUAAAUUUCUUAUUAUGGCUUCCGAUGGCUUAUGGGACACAAUGUCUAGUGAGCGAGCAGUCGAGUUAGUUGGCCAAUGGAUUGAUUCAGAAUUCGCAGAAAAUCAUGCUUCUGAGAAUACAUCACCAAGUACGUUUAAUCCAUUAAAGUGGUUUCACAAAACGUUACCGGUUGUAGAUGGAAAUGCUGCUACUCACCUUAUUCGCAACGCUUUGGGUCGGAAGGAUGAAAUGGUUUCUGCUCUCCUUACUUUGACCUAUCCACUCUCCAGGAGAUAUCGAGACGAUCUUACAGUAACGGUGAUUUUCUUUGAAGAAAAUGAAAGAACUUAA